AUGAGUGAGGAGGAAACCCAGAGUUCAGCUUCACGUCCCUUUUCAGACAGUUCCAGCAGUAAAUCUCCUUACGUGAACAGCUCUGACCGUUACAGGGACAACAGCUGUGGCCCCCCAGGCCCUCGGGUGCCUUUUGUGCCCCCUCCAAGCCCAGCCAGCCUUGCCUGGGCACAUCGUACACGCAACCAACCAGCUAGCCUGGCCCUACGUAAACAAGAGGAAGAAGAGAACAAGAGGUGCAAAGCCCUAUCAGACAGUUAUGAACUCUCUACAGACCUACAAGACAAGAAGGUGGAGAUGCUGGAGAAGAAAUAUGGAGGUUACUUCGUGAGUAGACGAGCAGCACGUACCAUCCAGACAGCAUUCCGUCAAUAUCGCAUGAAUAAGAACUUUGAGCGCCUGCGCAGCUCAGCUUCUGAGAGCCGCAUGACACGGCGCAUCAUCCUUUCCAACAUGCGACUGCAGUACUCGUUUGAUGACCGACAUCCUCAACCUCCCACCCAGACUCACUACAGUCACAGUCCAGGAAUGGGUCCUCCGCAUUCUCCAACCUGCACCACAGAGCCAAGCUCCCCAUCACAACCGGAAUACACCCACCUAGAGGACUCCUUCUCAAAACAAGUUAAGUCCUUGGCCGACUCCAUUGAUGAUGCCCUAACAUGUCGACCACGCCGAGAUGAUUCCCAGGAAGGUAUAGGGGAUGGAAGUGGUGUUGUGGAUGACUUUGGCGAGUGCAUAUGGAGCAGCAACAGCCACGCAUCCUUACGAAGAGGUCUUGGAGACAGGGAUCGAGGAGGUACAGGGGGCUUGAGCAUGCACGAGGAUAGCACAGCCACCUCCUACAGUGAUGUCACGCUUUACAUGGAUGACGGACUACCUUCCUCACCGCUUUCUCUAGACCGGGCCCCUAGCAGCACAGACACUGAGUUCUGGGGGGGUGUUGGAAGUGGAGUAGGUGGUAGGGAAGAUAGCCGUGACACAGAAGGAGGAGGAAGCAGCAAUAGCCGCCGAAGCACACCUUGCACAGAGUGCCGUGAUUACCGUUUACGGGGAGGGCACUUACCGUUACUUACGAUAGAACCACCUAGCGACAGCUCAGUGGACAUGAGUGACCGCUCAGACCGAGGCUCCCUUAGCAGACAACUAGUCUUUGAGCAGGACUCAGCGGUAGGGUCACCUCAAGGGACACUAAAGCACAACCCUAAUGCUCGUUCAACAUCCUCAACAGCUGCACAAGGUCAAACACGUCCAGCUAUCCGAUCGAUACCGUCGCACAUCCCACACCACAUGGCUCACCAUCAUCACCAUCACCACCACCACCAUCAUCACCAGUACCCCGACACCCCUUCGUCUUCCUCCUCUCCUCAACAGCCCCCAGCCACACCGCUCUCAUCCUCCUCUUCAGCUCCACUGCCUCCUGGUGGCUUGGAGCAGCAGUGCUGCUCGGAUGGUGAUAAUGACUCACUGAACUCCACCACAAACUCUAAUGAGACCAUUAAUUGCAGCUCAGGCUCCUCUUCAAGGGACAGUCUGCGGGAGCCCUUGCCCCCAUUAGGGAAACAGACCUACCAGAGAGAAAGCCGGCACAGCUGGGACUCUCCUGCCUUUAACAACGAUGUAGUUCAGAGAAGACAAUAUCGCAUCGGACUCAACCUCUUCAACAAGAAGCCAGAAAAGGGUAUUCAGUACCUGAUUGAGAAGGGCUUUGUGUCAGACACACCAGUGGGCAUCGCUCGCUUUAUCCUGGAAAGAAAAGGCCUGAGUCGCCAGAUGAUUGGAGAGUUCCUUGGAAACAGACAGAAACAGUUCAACAAAGAUGUACUGGAUUGUGUUGUGGAUGAAAUGGACUUUUCUGGAAUGGAUCUUGAUGAUGCUCUGAGGAAAUUUCAAGCUCAGAUAAAAGUCCAAGGAGAAGCCCAAAAAGUGGAAAGGCUUAUUGAGGCUUUCAGCCAGAGGUACUGUGUUUGUAAUCCAGCACUGAUAAGACAGUUCCAGAACCCAGACACCAUCUUCAUCCUAGCUUUUGCCAUCAUCCUCCUCAACACAGACAUGUACAGCCCCAAUAUCAAAGUGGAGAGGAAGAUGAAGCUGGACGAUUUCAUCAAAAACUUGAGAGGGGUGGAUAAUGGUCAGGACAUCCCACGUGACUUACUGGUUGGAAUCUACCAGCGCAUUCAGAAGUGGGAACUGAGGACCAAUGAUGACCAUGUUUCUCAGGUCCAGGCCGUGGAGAGAGUCAUAGUGGGCAAGAAACCUGUUCUGUCUCUGCCCCACCGCAGACUAGUGUGCUGCUGUCAGCUCUAUGAAGUCCCGGACCCCAACCGUCCUCAAAGGUCUGGAGUUCACCAGAGAGAGGUCUUCCUCUUCAACGAUCUGCUUGUGGUUACAAAGAUCUUCCAGAAGAAGAAAACCUCCGUAACGUACAAUUUCAGACAGUCCUUCCCUCUGGUGGAGAUGCAGGUUCACAUGUUCCAGAACUCCUACUAUCCUCAUGGUGUCAGACUAACUUCAGCGAUCCCGGGUGGUGAGCAUAAAGUUUUGAUUGUGUUCAUGGCCCCUAGUCAACAGGACCGCACACGCAUUGUCACUGAUCUGAGGGAGAGCAUUGCUGAGGUCCAGGACAUGGAGAAAUACAGAGUGGGAUCUGAGUUGGAGAAGCAGAAGGGAGUAAUGCGGCCCAGCCUGCUCACCAACAGCAUUAUGGCUGGAGGAGUGGGUGGGGUCAAGAAUGAAGUGGUGAAUGGCACUAUGGGAAGGCCUAGUCUGGAUGACAACUAUUCACCAGGAGAGGGCCUCAAACGUACUGCUCUCAGCUCCUCACUGAGGGACCUGUCUGAAUCAGGGAAACGUGGCCGCAGAAACAGCGUUGGUUCCCUUGACAGUACAAUGGAAGGUUCCAUCAUUAGCAGUCCGCGGCCUCACCAGCGUUACCCAGUAGCCACUGUGCUCCCAGGAUGCUAUGGAACAGAAGACUUCCGGCCUCACCGCCCCAUCCUGAGCCCCGGAGUGGGGGUGGGGGGUGGGCCGGGGCAGCAACACACACCUGUGGUGACUGGCGCUGGGCCGGUCUCCAGCAGCCUCUCUCCACUCUCCCCCCCCAGCACCAAGGCCCCCCUUCACAGGCCGGAGGUCAGCAAGGGCCCUCGCCAGCUCAGACUGGAGCCGUACCUGGGGGGACGGGCACAGUCGAACGCGCCAAAUCCAAACCUACCAACCGGAUCAGCACGGUAG